AUGCAGAGGGAACACCAGUGUGUUCAACCUGAGAAGCCUCGCCCCAAAACGCUCUCUUCCCUCCAGAACUCUGUCCAGAACGCUGUCCAGAACUCUGUCCAGAACUCUGUCCAGAACGCUGUCCAGAACGCUGUCCAGAACGCUGUCCAGAACACUGUCCAGAACACUGUCCAGAACGCUGUCCAGAACGCUGUCCAGAACGCUGUCCAGAACGCUGUCCAGAACGCUGUCCAGAACUCUGUCCAGAACGCUGUCCAGAACGCUGUCCAGAACGCUGUCCAGAACGCUGUCCAGAACACUGUCCAGAACACUGUCCAGAACACUGUCCAGAACGCUGUCCAGAAAGCUGGAGACUGGUGGAAUAGGAGCCCUGGUUCUUUGGCUAUGCACGGGUUCCUUAAAGCCCAAUUUUGA